AUGUGCGAGUCGGACAGCUCACAAGAACUGCCGGUGACAUUCCGACCAGAACUGUACCUACAGCGUCGAGGAUGGGUCCUCGAUAUCAUGCGCCGCGAAGGCAUCACCGAGGUGCUCGACAUAGGGUGUGGCGAGGGCGAGCUGCUCGCUUGCCUCUGCAACCCCGCGCCGUGGCUAGCACCACCACCCACAGACGUUCUCGACACAAGCAGUGACGACGAUGACUGCGCGGAAUUGCACAAAGACAUCCUGCACCCCGUCAAGAUCGCGGGCUUGGACAUCGACCAGCGCGAGCUGGAGGACGCGGUGAAGAUCACGCGCCCGCCGUCCCCCGGCCACACCCCCGCGCAGUGGCACUGCGAGCCUCUGCGCUGGGAGCCGCUCGAGGCGAAGGUGUGGGAGGGCAGCCUCGCGCACGUAAACCCGGAAUUCGUGGGGGUAGACUGCGUCGUCUCGACGGAAGUCAUUGAACACUUGCCGGAGGACGUCCUGCAAGCCUUCGCGCCCGUCGUACUCGGCGCGUAUCACCCGCGCAUCGUGUUGCUCACCACGCCCUCGUACACAUUCAACGCACGCUUCACCGCGCCCGACGCGCCUUUCGAAGCGCGGUCAGGGUGGCCCGACCCCACGCGGCGUACCAAGCGCAUCUUCCGGCACCACGACCACAAGUUCGAGUGGACCGUCGAAGAGUUCACGCAGUGGUGCAAUGCGGUCGCGGAGGAGUGGGGCUACGACGUCGAGCUUGGCGGGGUCGGGAAGGCCGAGGAAAACGACGAGUGGGAGCGCGAUGACGAGCUCGGCUGGGCGAGCCAGGUUGCUGAAUUCCGCCGCCGCGAAGGCGCAGAGUGGGCAGAGAGAAGGGCGAAGCUGGUAGCGGGUCUGGGGAUCCCGGACCAAACUGAAGAGCAUGCGGGACACAAACUGCUCGCGACUCACCGACACUCGGCUCACGAAGCCGCUCACCGGCCCCAGUCCCUCGAAGCAGUCGGCGACCUCGUAGUCGAACGGAUGCUGCGCUUCCGCAACACCACCCUUCCUCUCCGCGAGAUAUGGUUCCAAAAUGAGGUCGCCGUUGCGUGCGGUGGCUGGCUAGACUGGCUUGUCCGCGCCGUCCGGGCCCAUACCGGACUCUCUCUCCAGAAGCCAGUAGCUGGACUGACCGUGGACUGGGCCGUACAGCUAGACCCUGCGCUGCACCACCUCAUGCUACCAGAGUCCCCGGCCGACUCCCCUCCUGACACGGACGAAGUGGCGGAUAUAUGGGACCCAUUCGAUGACGAUGAACCUUGGAUAGAAAACCCGGAGGAAUUCCAGGUGGCGCAGGAUGAAACGUGUGUAUGGGGUGCGCCGGAAGGGGACUGGUCCUGCGAUAGUGAAUGGUCGUAG